CAGCACCAUAGUGGUUAUUUGGAAUACAUAAAAAGCUCCACAUACUAUCGCGGAUGACGAAUGUGAUUUAUUACCAAAGCACAAAAGUUCUUUGCCUCAAAGUAAAUAAAGAUACAAAACAUGCACGCACUAAUGCACAGUAGCCCACGAAACCUGGGGCUUGCUACAUAUUUCUGCUUGCUGCGAGUCCGGUCACGUUCCGCCGCUCAUGUAAUGAGUGUAAGGGUGAAGCCAGGCGCACUGAUUGCAUAUGAUACUUUGAACGUAGUAUAUGGUGCUACUUUAUCAGGAAAACAACCUAUCUUGCAUUAUUUUUGCAGCUUAAAAGUUGCUAUUGCUGAGCAACACUGUAUACCACAUUGAAAAUAUACCCAACUCUCUUGUGUGUGCUAUAGAUACAACUGACUUGGGAACAAAAGUGACAGUACAGUAUACGGUAUUAAUAUUU